AUUAGUUACUUCCCUUAAACUUGAAGUCCGAUAACCUAUUAGCUUCCGCCGUCUGGUAUUUAAGCAGAAAAAUAAGUAAACAAGAGAGAUUGCAUGUUCUAGGUGUGUGACAUCGUACCAUAAACGUGUUCAAGAAAGCAGACGUUCCAGCCGGCAUCAUCAGAUUAUGUAUAAAAGGAAACUACUUGCUCUUGAUUAUCCCCAACCUGACAACUUCGAAAUUAACAAUGAAAGCCAAGUACGAGCUUUGAUUCUAUGGCUUGAAGAUCAAAAAAUUCGUCACAUGAAAAUAGAAGACAGAGCAGGUCUGCGUGACGUGACAAGCCCUAAGUGGAGUGAAGCAUUUCAACAGUACCUGACAGAGUUGUGCUGCCCAUAUGAUGCAUCCAAAGAGGAUAUUGUGAUAGAUUGGUUGCUAGGCUACGCUGUCCGUCUGGAGUACGGUGAUGAUGUGGAUAAGUACAAAAGUGUUAAUAAGGGUGCAGUGGAAAAUGCAAAAAACAGGCAGGCUGGUCAGUCAAGCAAUCCUUUAGAUGCUCUCAAUUUUGAUGAUGCCGACUUUAAGGCAGGAGUUGCAUCACUAGCUAUGUUGAUGCAGGUUCCUCCACACCAAGAUCAUCUCCAGCAACUCAAGGCAAUCGCUCUCAUAGUCAGUGAAAGGCUUUCAAAAGACUCUUUACAAAGUGCUGCAAAGAAAUCAGAUGACAAAAGCAAAAAAGCUGAUGACCAUAUUCCGCUAGACAAAACAGAGCUUGGUUUUGAAGCAGGAGAUUACAUCAUGACUGAAGCUGCAAAAAUAGUUCGGCUGCUGCACUUGAAGGAGCUUCGAGAUCUCCAAACCAAAAUCAAUGCUGCCAUUGUUGCAGUGCAAGCUAUCACUGCCGACCCCAAGACAGACAGUCGGUUAGGGAAAGUUGGGCGCUAGUAAAAAUCAUGAAGAAGACAUAAUUGGCAAACAUCUCUUGAGAAUGAAGAACAAUUUCUUUGUUAUACAGUUGAUGAUUUCUGGAGCUUGAUUUGCAGUCAAUUUGGAUGGGAAUUAAUUUUGUUCCCUCCCACCCUCCCUUUCAUGUUUUCACUCAAUAUAAGUUACACCAUUGUGAAAGAGCAGGCCAGAUUGAUGGCUUCUAAACUACACCAUUAUGAAAGAGCAGGCCAGACUUAUAGCUGCUAAAUUUAGCAGGUUAUCUCCUCUUUUAUUUCAUGAAAUUACAGUGUGAGAUCAAAGGGAAUCCUGUCAACUAUAGAUCAUGCCAUUUGCAUGAAGUGGUUCAAAGUGUUUGGUUGAGAAUAAAAUACAUGCUAUUUCUUUA